AUGUCUCUGAACCGAGUCUCCUAUCUGGAGUCGUGGGUGCAUAAUCCAGCUUCAUUCCGUCGUCGAGAGAGUCGUGAGCAAUCUCCUGGCGCAGAAACCGAUGAUGAUGAUGAUGAUCUAGCAUACCAAGACCUUCCGGAUGCAUCGCUGUCAUCAUCGUUUCCUUCGACGUAUAGCAAUCAUUCCUUCCGGCAGCGUCUAAAUUUCAACCCAUACUCAGGACCAGGUUGGAGUCAAGCCGCUGUAGAUGAUGUCAACAAUGACAGCAUAUCCCCUCGGAGAAGUUUCUCGGAAACCCCUACCCAAAAUCGGCAGAACGAAACGGCAAGGGAAGAGCCCGUUCCACAAGUGAAACAGCAAGCCUGUUCGGGCCUAGAAACGAUUGGAGCAUUUGAAAUUGGGCGGACCAAGCGAAUCGUGCAGGUCUGUCUCGCUAUUUUAUAUUGCUUCUUCUCGGCAGGGAUCGUCUUCGGCUUCGCAGCGUUAAAACCCAUUCUGAUUCAAGAAGGGGUCUACCGCGAUCGAUGCUCUAAAGGUGAGCUCGAGCAGGAUCAGGAGGUAUGUUACGGACAGGAAAUUCACCUUAAUCUAAUGUUCACGAUUGCUGCUGUCGCGACCAACGUUUGUGCCCUCCCCGUGGGCACAAUCCUGGACACAUAUGGGCCCCAUGUCUCCGGAAUAAUAGGGUGCAUAUUCCUCACCUUUGGAUCUCUUCUUUUUGGUCUUGCUCCAAAUCUGCCCUUCGAUGCGGUUGACGUGGAUAUCCAAGAUCGACAUGAAGGCGAACGCCAGCGCAACGACCGCCGCGUCCAUCGCCAAAACAUAGUUUCCAAGAUCCAGGACCUCCUCACAGACGGCGACGAUGACCUGUCUGUAAUCCACGACCCGGUAUUAGGCACAACUAAUCUCAAUGAAUCCAACGCCAAUCCCGAGGUCCGUCAAACUCCAAAAUUACCAGCCGACACGCACACAACAGGUGGUGUCUGGGGAGCGCUGCAUGGGUUGUCUGCCCUGCAGCAGAUCAGCUCCGCAUGGUUCGUCUUGAUUACGCUAUUUACGGUACUCCAAAUGCUUCGUAUCAACUACUUCGUCGCUUCCCUCCGUCAGCAAUACGAAUAUCUCUUUUCAUCCGUGGAUUCGGCCCGUAAACUUAACGAGUCGUUCGAUUUCCUACUUCCUAUUGGCGGUCUCAUCUCCGUACCGUUUAUUGGAACUAUCCUCGACAUUGCAAGCACACCUUUCGUUCUACUCGUCCUUGUCACCACUGCAACUGUGAUCGGAGUAUUGGGCUGCAUCCCUAACAGCCUCCAUGCAGGAUAUGCGAACAUCAUUCUGUUCGUCCUCUAUCGUCCAUUCUACUACACCCUUGUAUCCGACUACGCCGCCAAGGUGUUCGGCUUUCAGACUUUCGGGAAAGUCUACGGACUGAUUAUUUGUCUAGCGGGGCUGGGCAAUUUCGCACAGGCGGGGCUUGACGCUCUCACCUUUAAGGUUUUUCAUCGGAAUCCAGUUCCUGUGAAUAUUGUUCUUACAAUUUUGACGUUUUUCAUCGGUACUGCCUUGGUGGGAUUUGUUUGGUGGAAAGCAAAGGCCAUGGCAGCUGCUGGUUCUGUUGCUGAUACUUCAGGGCAAGAAGCCACUCUUGAAAGCGGCACACUGCCUAAUGGGAGACAUGACAGUAGUGCUACAAGAGACUGGGAACGAGAGCCGUUGCUCCAUCGGCGACUGUCGCCUGCGAAUCAACAUGGCGAGACGCCUUCUUAUGGGGUUGCUGACAUAUCCUAG